AUGAAAAAGAUGGUCUUUCUUAUUCUGCAAAUGUUCAUCCAAUUGGCAGGCAGCACUUCCUUGAGGUUCAUCAAAUCAAAUGUUCUGGCAUUGGAGGUGUCAGAUCUGUCUAGUACUGAAGUGUCAUUACAUUGUGGAGAGCAGUUUGAGGAAGAAGACAUUCAGUGGGAGAGGAACGGGGAACACAUUGCUGAGAGUGGAAAUCGCAUUACUGUUACAAUAGAUGGUUUACGUGGUGGAAACUUUACCUGUCACAGACCAAAUGGAGACCUCCUGAAUCACACACUACUACUGGUCCAUCCAGUAACAUUUCCUAGAGGUGGAGUUCUCACGCAUUCCAAUGACAGAGAAUUUGUUUCUUGUACCGCAAGAAACUAUAGUGGACAUUUUCAUUGCUCUUGGAAAUGGCACCAGCAAAGGACCCAAAGAGCUGUGGUAUAUUUCGCAGCAAUCCGAAAUGUUAGUGUCAUCAACUGCACUCUGGACUCUGAUAUCUCUGGACUGACUUGUAUUGACAAGGAUUACUGUCCAUACUCUGAGGAGUCAAGAGGCAUACAUCUCACAGUGUUCGUCAGAAAUCUAUACAGGUUGGAGGAGCACCAAAGGAGUUUCCUCAUUCGAGACAUCAUCAAACCAGAUAAAGUCAGUAUUACCAAGAUUGAAGAUGACAUGUUUGAGUGGUACCCCCCUGAGACAUGGAGUUUCCCCUGCAGUUACUUUCCCCUGUCCUAUGAAGUGAAAGUUGUUCCUAACAGCCACAGCUGUGACUACACAGGAAAUCGAAUUGAAAAAAAUGAAAUCAACGAGACACAAUACAAGGUGAACAAAAAGAAAACCUAUACCUUUUGCGUGCGAGCUCAGGACCCGUUAACUAAAAACAUUUGGAGUGACUGGAGUCACCAUCAUCAGAGAAAACACCGGCACAGCUCAAAGCAAUAAAAGGUCUGCUUAUGGGAACACAGUGCUCAGCUUGAUAAUACUUGCAUCUGCUUUCUAUUCCAGACACAAUAUUUUAGCUAUAAACGUCAUAUUUAUAUGUAUUAUUGAUAUGUUCCGGGAUAACAUUUGUGCAAUGUUUUUCCAGAUCAUCAAAAAUAUUUUGGUUGGCCAUUGUUUUUUUAGAGCGUGAUUUUCAUUUAAUGAUUGCUGGUUAGUUACAUCAAAGGUUGUC